GAACCAGUUUCUCAUAGGAAAGCGAACAGAACGGACUUGCCAUGAAUAGCUGGACAAAUCGCGUUGCCGUCGUCACAGGAGCCAGUGCUGGGAUCGGAGAAGCCUGCUGCCGGGAUCUCGUGGCCAAGGGAAUGGUGGUAGUGGGCUUGGCCCGCCGAGAGAAUGUUCUCCAAAAGAUUAAGUCCUCCUUGCCGGCCGAUCAGGCUGCCCGGUUCCACACCCGUCCUUGUGACGUCAGCAACGAGCAACAGGUCAAGGAUACCUUCGCCUGGAUCGACCGAACCCUGGGAGGAGCCGAUGUCCUUGUCAACAAUGCCGGGAUAGUGCGUAAAAUCAACAUCACGGAUGAGGGAAACUCGGCCGAUGUGCGGGCCAUUCUGGAUGUCAACGUACUGGGGGUGACCUGGUGCACCCGGCAGAUGUUUCUGUCGCUGCAGCGCCGCAAGGUGAACGACGGUCAUGUGGUGAUCAUCAACAGUGUGGUGGGUCACCAGGUGCCUGCCGUGGAGGACUUCAGCCUAAAUAUGUAUGCGCCCUCCAAGCACGCGAUCACCGCCCUAACCGAGAUCCUGCGACAGGAGUUCAACAAAAAGGGCACCAAGACCAAGAUUACGAGCGUCAGUCCCGGCGUGGUGGACACGGAAAUCUUCGAAGCCGGCUCUUGGGAGCAGCCCAAUGGCAUGCCCAUGCUACGAUCGUCGGACGUGGCAGAUGCAGUAUCCUACUGCAUCCAGACGCCGCCAAAUGUCCAGAUACACGAGCUCAUUAUCAAGCCUGUUGGGGAGAGCUUUUGAAGUGCCCCUUCGAUAAGGUUGCCAAGUUCGCACUUGUAACUAAUCAAAUAAAGAAGAUAACGUGUCAAUUGGUGUGCAAUUAAAGAAAA